UUGUAGAGCCUGUACAGAGAACUGCAACCAAGACAUCGCAUUGCCAUUGCUGCCUCCAGCUACCGUUCCUACGCCCAACACGGUAUUCUCGGUUACGCCAUAUCUGCUCCAUACUUGAGAAAUGGCUGGACAGUCGAAGGUUGAGGUGCUCCCUCCAUGGGGGAAUGCCGUCGCAGGCGCUGCCGGUGCCGUCAUUGCGAACACAAUGGUCUACCCACUAGAUAUGAUCAAAACGCGACUGCAAGUUCAAGUAAAGCGCUCGAAGACCUCGAACGAUCCCAAUCCCGCCGACCACGAACAUUACGAUGGUACCAUCGACGCUAUUCAGAAGGUCGUUGCGAACGAAGGUAUCGCUGGACUGUACGCAGGCAUGUUUGGUUCGCUGGUCGGUGUCGCCUCCACCAACUUCGCAUAUUUCUACUGGUACACCUUUGUCCGUAGUUUCUACCUCUCCUACCAGACCGUCUCGGCCUCUCCAUCAACCGCCGCUGAGUUGUCCCUGGGAGCCAUAGCUGGUGCUCUAGCUCAACUGUUCACAAUUCCUGUCGCUGUAGUGACAACGCGCCAGCAGACUAUGAGCAAACAUGAGCGAAAGGGCCUAAUCGCCACAGGUAUGGACGUCGUCAACAGUGAGGAUGGGUGGACAGGGCUUUGGCGAGGGCUCAAGGCAAGCUUGGUUCUAGUGGUGAACCCUUCGAUCACAUAUGGUGCAUACCAGCGUCUGCGGGAGCUUAUGUAUCCUGGCAGAACAGCGCUGAAGCCACAUGAGGCUUUCCUCCUUGGAUCCUUGUCGAAGAUGCUCGCUACCAUCGUCACACAGCCUCUCAUUGUCGCCAAAGUCGGUCUCCAGUCAAAGCCACCGCCAGCUAGAAAUGGGGUUCCUUUCAAGACUUUCACGGAAGUCAUGCGAUACAUCAUUGAACAUGAAGGCCCGUGGGCACUGUUCAAAGGUAUCGGACCUCAGAUCUUGAAGGGUCUGCUUGUGCAAGGGUUCCUGAUGAUGACCAAGGAGAGGAUCGAACUCCAAUUCAUCCUUUUGUUCAGAUACUUCCGCCAGGUUCGCGCUGAGAAGCUGCAAAAGCUGGCGAACAUUGCAGCAGAGAAGGCUGGAAAGGUUGCGCCAAUUCUUACCAAGUAAGCAGA